AUGCCUCAAACUCAAGAAGACGGCGGGCUGACAAUGGUGAGAAGCGUCCUGAGGGAAGUGCUGCUGGGUCAGGAGGAUCCAGAGGGGUUCUUCGCGAUGUGCCUGUCCAUCUUGGGGCAUCAGGAGACACGUGCCCGCUUUCUGACUGUUGUCCAGCCUCUGUCUUCGGCCAACCGCUCCCUGUACGCUGCCCUCGUCUCCAUCUACGAUGAAUAUUUUGAUAAGGCUGAAGUUGAUGAGUUUGAACUAGCAGUGACUCUGUCUCUACUUCAAACACAAGAUCACACAAGAACCCCAGUACAGGCAUUUGAUGGGUUAUCCUUCUCUGAAGAAGCACAAAGUGGAACCCAAGAGUAUAAAGAAAGUACACUUCUAAACACAUCAAUAAGUUCAUGUCAGACAGUUAUUGUCAAUGAGAAGAUGGUCACAAAAUCUGAAAUCAAAGAGGACCAGUCUGAGAAGAGAAAACGUUCCAAAAGCAGACGUCAACGUCGGAAAGCUGCGGCCCAGCCGGUCAUUGGAUUGCCACACUCUCCAUCGGGGGCUGCGCCUGUACUGCUCUGGGUCCGCAGAGACUUGAGACUGUCUGAUAAUCCUGCUCUCAUCGGCUCCCUGGAGGCAGGUGCCCCUGUCAUACCAGUCUUCAUCUGGAGUCCUGAAGAGGAAGAGGGACCGGGUAUGACUGUGGCUAUGGGAGGAGCUUGUAAAUACUGGCUUCAUCAGGCACUGUCCUCCUUCCGUUCAUCUCUGGAGCAUAUUGGUAGCCACCUGGUCUUCCUGGAUGCAAGCCGCAUCAGGUCCACCACCUUGCUUGUGCUUAAAGCUCUAUUGAAGGAAACCGGGGCCCGAACAGUGCUGGCCAACGCCCUCUAUGAGCCUUGGCUGAAGGAGCGGGAUGACGAGGUGGUGUCAACACUCCAAAAACAAGGGGUUCAAUGCAAGAUGUUCCACUCAUACUGCACCAGAGACCCUUACUCUGUCAGCACAGAAGGUGUGGGACUCAGAGGAAUUGGAUCAGUGUCUCAUUUCAUGAGCUGCUGCAGACAGAACCCGGCAGGAACUGGACUUGGUGCUCCACUGGACGCGCCUGUGUCUCUGCCUGGACCUUCCAGUUGGCCUCAAGGUAUCCCUUUGGACACGUUAGGCUUGGCAGCUAUGCCCCGAAGGAAGGAUGGCACCACGAUUGAUUGGGCGGCAAACAUUCGCAAGUCAUGGGAUUUCAGUGAAGAGGGCGCUCAUGCCAGGCUAGAAGCCUUUCUCCAUGACGGUGUGUAUAGAUAUGACAAAGAGUCAGGCAGGGCAGAUGCCCCCAACACCAGCACGUUAUCACCUUACCUUCAUUUUGGUCAGCUCAGCCCUCGCUGGCUUCUUUGGGAUGCCAAGGGGGCUCGCUGCCGACCUCCAAAAUUCCAACGGAAACUGGCGUGGAGGGAUCUUGCAUACUGGCAGCUCACGUUGUUUCCUGACCUUCCCUGGGAAUCCAUCAGGCCUCCAUACAAGGUAUUGCGCUGGAGCAGCAAUGGCAGUCAUCUCAAGGCUUGGCAGCGAGGCCGAACCGGCUACCCUCUGGUGGACGCAGCCAUGAGACAGCUGUGGCUGACAGGUUGGAUGAACAACUACACCAGACAUGUAGUGGCAUCUUUCCUUAUAGCGUACCUCCAUCUGCCCUGGCAGGAGGGCUACCGCUGGUUCCAGGACACACUUGUGGAUGCUGACGUGGCCAUCGACGCCAUGAUGUGGCAGAAUGGCGGCAUGUGCGGUCUGGAUCACUGGAACUUUGUCAUGCAUCCCGUCGACGCUGCCAUGACGUGUGACCCAUACGGCAGCUAUGUGAGGAAAUGGUGUCCUGAACUUGCAGAGCUGCCUGAUGAGCUUAUUCACAAACCUUGGAAAUGUCCGGCAUCCAUGCUCCGACGUUCAGGUGUGGUGUUGGGCCAAACAUACCCAGAGAGAAUAGUUACAGACCUGGAGGAGAGGCGGACUCGCUCUCUUCAAGACGUUGCCCUGGUACGAAGACAACAUGGAGAAUACGUGGACAAACGCUCUGGUUGUGACUUGGUGCCUUUGCCGCCCCGCCUUGUCUCAGAGGCCCUGGGCUUAGCUCACCCUCCUGAAAGCAAACAUUUCCUUCUUCCUGUCAUCACCCGCAUGGAAUUCAAGUACCAGCUGGACGACCCAGAUGCAGAUGGCGCUGCCAACCCUUACAAUGCCGUCCUCAAAGGGUACAUUAGCCGCAAGAGAGACGAUACCGUGGCGUUCCUCAAUGAGCGAGACUUUGCUGCCAGUGUAAUGCACGAAGGAGCCCAACGGCAGGAGCGGUUGGAGGCUGAUCGUCGCCGCAUGGAAGGGCUCCCACUGCGGGAGCGCCCGUUGCGUGAAAAAAACAGACGCACAACAAAAGCAAAGGACCACUUUUCUAUUUUACCGGGUGGUGCUCUCCUCACUACACACAGGUGA